AUGGUCAAUUUACCUACCUCACUUUUCGCCAACGAAGACUCACCUAAAGCCAACGGCGAGCUGAGGUUUCACUCUUCCAGCGCCACAAACUCAUCGGCGCUGACCCCAAGAACUCGUUCAAUCAGUAUUUCGAAGAUGUUCUUCAAUAAAGAUCAAAAUUCCGACCAUGAGCAAAUGAACCACGAGGACCCACAGGGAAGGUCUAAACUAAAGAUGUUUUUCAGAAUCCCUCCGGCCUCAACUUCAAACUCUUCUGGACGCUCAGAUGAAUCCGGCUCCUCCAAAACUGGCCACAAUGGCAAUAGUCCUCGAAUGUCGCCGUCUCCACAACUGUCGUCUUCUCAACAUCGUCAAGAAGCGACUUCCGAUAUGAUGAAACGAUUUGCACUAGGAAGAAAGAGAUCUGUUUCGCACCCACCAUCUCUGGCAGACCCAGGUAGUGACCAAGACCUCUCCAACGCCUCUCCAUCACAACCCCGGAUCAUCAUUAACGAAGGACGAACAAAUGACCAGUCUGCGGGAGAAUCCGGUAGUCCUAUUGUAUCGUCAAAUCCGUACUUUACGCACCAAGGACUUCCCCCACAUUUAAAGGUCAAUAACGACUAUAACAACUUGAAUGCAUUAGAUGAAAAACAAGACGAUGUUUCUGUAUCGUUGAGACACAACGACUCGGUCAUCGACCUUGGAGACAAUAAAAUACUUCCUCCGCCACAGACACAUCAUUCUACCGCUCAUACAAAGUCUCAUUUCAACUACGAAGACUCCAAUGAUUCUCAAUAUACCGACGAAGUAUUUCAAUCGCCUGAAAAGAAGUCUUCAAAAAAUGAUGGAAAUAGGUCCAGAUCAAGCACCAAAGUCAGGGACUCGCUCGUUCCUCCAGUUUCUCCGUUUCAAAGAACUUUGCGGCGGGUUGCAUCUGCUCCUUUGGUGAAUCGACUUUUGAACGAACCGUCCACUAGAGCUCCAAAUUCGGAAGCACUUCCCAAUAAGGAGAAGCAAUUCGAUAUCAAUGACCAUAUCGGUGAACUCAAUAUCCUGGGACGGCCCAGAACAUUGACCCAAGGACGGGUAUAUUCUCACGCGGCAACUAAGGUCUUGGAUGUGACUGUAGACCAGAGUUGUUUUGAAAAAAUUCGAUUACUUGGAAAAGGAGAUGUUGGUAAAGUAUUUUUGGUGAAGGAGAAAGCAUCAAAAAGACUUUAUGCAAUGAAGGUUCUUUCUAAGAAGGAAAUGAUUGAGCGCAAUAAGAUCAAGCGAGCACUAGCAGAGCAGGAGAUUCUCGCUACCAGCAAUCAUCCAUUCAUUGUUACUUUAUACCAUUCUUUCCAAUCCAAGGACCACUUGUUCUUGUGUAUGGAAUAUUGUAUGGGAGGAGAAUUUUUCAGAGCCCUUCAAACGAGAGAGUCCAAGUGUAUUUCCGAGCAUGAUGCCAAGUUUUAUGCUGCCGAAGUAACUGCAGCAUUGGAAUAUCUCCAUCUUAUGGGCUUCAUUUAUCGAGACCUUAAACCGGAAAACAUCCUUCUUCAUCAAUCGGGUCACAUUAUGUUAAGUGAUUUUGAUUUGUCAAAGCAAUCCGAGAGUACAAAAAACCCCGAGAUAUUUUUCUCCAAAGCAGCUCUCAACAGCAGUAAUGGGCCAACAUUGGAUACAAAAGCCUGUAUUGAUGGAUUUCGAACUAAUUCUUUCGUUGGUACUGAAGAGUAUAUUGCUCCUGAAGUCAUUAGAGGUAAGGGACACACAGGUGCAGUGGACUGGUGGACACUUGGUAUCUUCAUGUAUGAAAUGCUCUUUGGUACGACGCCAUUUAAAGGUAGAGACAGGAAGAAAACCUUUGCCAAUGUACUUAAGAAAGAUGUCAAGUUUUUGGACACACAACCAAUUUCCUCUAAUUGCAAAAGCUUGAUUAAGAAACUUUUGAUCAAAGAUGAAGCGAAACGGUUGGGCUCUAAAACAGGGGCAUCAGAUAUUAAGAACCAUUCAUUUUUCAAAAACACUCAAUGGGCGCUUUUGAGACACCAACAACCACCAAUGAUUCCCGUUUUGACAAGAUCAAAGAAAGCGGAGGCAUUGGAUAGUAGUGAUCUAGAUGACGAGAGUACAUCGUCCCCACCUCUCAAGAAAAAUCAUUUGGGAGAAGAAGAUCCCUUUGCCCAUUUCAGUUCAGUUACUCUUCAUUAUAAUGAUGUUGGAGAUAGUGACGACCAACUUUAUACUGACGACAGUACCUACACGGGCAUCUCUUACACGAUCACAAACAGUGAGUCCAAGCCCAAGCGGAAGCGGUAA